AUGGCUCUAACAAGCGUGAAAAUGUCUGAAGAAGUUUGGUUAACUUGCGCAACUCAUGGAUUUACCACUGAAUCGGAAGAAAUCAUGGGUCUUCUCCUUGGCGACAUCGAGCAUUCGAAAAAUGGGGCUGUGACUGCAUUGAUAUGGGGAGCGUCUCCUCAAACAAGGUCUGAUCGUAGAAAAGAUCGUGUUGAAACUAAGCCUGAACAGUUGGCUGCUGCUUCAGCUCUUGCUGAUAGAAUGACUGUUUCAACUGGAAGAGUAACCAGGGUGAUAGGUUGGUACCAUUCACAUCCUCAUAUUACUGUUUUGCCUUCACAUGUUGAUGUGCGGACUCAGGCAAUGUAUCAACUUCUUGAUUCUGGAUUUAUUGGGUUGAUUUUUUCUUGUUACAACGAAGAUGCAAACAAGGUAGGGAGAAUUCAAGUAAUUGCUUUCCAGUCAUCUGAUGGGAAGCAAAAUAACAUGUCAAAACCCAUACCUCUGUCUCCGGUAAAUAGAAGCUCCAUUAUUAAUAUUGAUUCAUCACCAAGUACCUCAGAGAAUGUACCAACAAGAUCUAGUUACUUCAAGGCAGAUAAUUCAGAACAAGACACUGGUGAUUCAAGAAAUGUGGGUACUAGUAAGGGUGGGGGGAGAUCUUCAAAUUUGGGGAAUUUCUUCGCUAAUGCUGAUGCUAACUAUCAGGGGAGUGGAAAGGAUGAAGGAAACUAUCUUCUCACCAAUUCAGACGUCGGAUUUGAUGAUCCCAUGGAUAUGUCAGAAAGUAUGCAGGAAGCUAUGCACCGUUCAAAUUUGGACACAAGUGGUGCAGAGUAUGUAAGAAAAGAAAUUCCUCUCCAUGUUCUACCAUCCUUGUCUCUUAUCAACCUUGAUUCACCACUAUCAUCAUACACCGAUCUGCAACAUGUACUAUUUGAAGAGGAGCGGACUGCAUAUAAUCAAGCCAUCUUACAAAAUACAAGGGACGGGAAAACGCAUCCACUCGUUUUCAUACACCACACUUCAACUUAUCAGGCUUCCUUAUGCAAGUUGAUUGAGUAUUGUUUAAGUCCGGCAAUAAACACACUUCAAGAUCGACUCAGGGAGAAUGAAAUUCGGUUAGCAGUUCUGAGUGAAGAAGCCAAGAGUAUGGAGGUGGAGGUGUCUACGUCUAGAGGGACUGAAGCAAGUUUGGGAUCUCCCCGUCGAAUUGCAUCUCCUACACACCAAGGAAGUUUGUCUCCUCGUCAGAGAAACUCACAGGGUUCAGGUGAAUCUUUUGGUUUGAAAAGUGUACCUAGUCCUAGUAGCCGAAGCAAAAGAGGACAGUAA